UUACGACAAAAGGGAUCAAUUUACGGCACUGUUAUUGCUUUACAGACAUUGCUCAGCAGAACAGCUGCUGCACGAGCUCACGGCUGCAGAUGUGUAGCCCGGAAUUAACCGACAAAAGACGGACUGAUGGAAAACACUCAAAGUCAUGAAAGAGAUUGAAACCGUGGGGGGCGAGAAAGAUGAAAAAUCUGAAGAAAAUGGCGAGGAGGCUCCAAUGAGGCGUAGUUUCUCGGUAGAAGACCUCCUCGGUGAGGUGGAGAAGAUCUGUUACGAUGCCUCGGGGACGUCAAAGGUGGAGAUGGUGGUGAGGUUGUGGAAGGAUGGCUUCACUGUAAACGACGAGGAGUUUCGCAGCUACUCCAUACCAAAGAAUCAAGACUUCCUGGAUGCCAUCAAAAGGGGGGAGCUUCCGGCGGAGUGGGAGAGCAGAGCAGAGGAGGAGGAGCUGGAGAUCAGUGUGGAGGAUCUGACCGAAGAAAAUUAUGUUCCCAAGAAAAAGGCCUUUCACCCCUUCAGCGGCCGCGGAUACCGACUUGGCAGUGUUGCACCCAGAGUAGUGGCCAGGUCCCCAUCUGUGCACGAGGACGGAGAAUCUCCUCCUAUUCCCAUGGUAACACUAGACCACGCCCUUCCUGUUACCUCCCUGCAGAUCUGGUUGGCUGACGGCAGAAGAUUGGUGCAGAGGUUUAACCUAUCGCAUCGGAUCACCGAUGUUCAAGAUUUCGUGGCACGCUGCCAGAGGAGCUGCCCACCUUUCGUCCUAACGACGUCAGUUCCCGUCCGGGAGCUUGACGACAAAGAAUUGAGUCUAGAAGAGGCGGAUUUGGCCAACGUCGUCAUCGUACAGAGACCCCUAAACACACAGGCUCCGUUUGGACACUCCUGAUUAAAAGCCCCCCUCGUAAUGCAUACAACACACACUAUACACACCCCUUCACCGACACCUCAUCAUGAGCUUGAGUACAGUCUCAAAGCUUCCUGUAAGUUACACUUGAUUAUUCUUAAUUCUGCAGCUUGUGCUGCAUUUGAUGAUUGUUAUAUUUAUUCAUCUCCGUGUGGGAUUAUCUGCGGCCCGAUGGAGAUGUUGUCAGUUCUUCAACGUCACAGGUGCUGAAGUGCUGUUGUUAAUGCUUACUUUGUGUUUUUCCUCUGGAGGACAGUGUUUACCUGCCAACAGAUCUCCCAAAACUCCCAGACUCCAGAAAGGCAAACCAGUUCUG